AGCCGCCCCCCAAAUCAACCGCCGCAUUCUCUACAACAGAGAAACCAUCGGUUUGCUGCGAUAGUAUCGAGUCACCCAAACCGCCAGACGUCAAAAAGAAACCACCGCAACAAUGAAGCCGGUGUCGUACCUCCUCUUGUUCCUCUCUGCCAUCAUGGGCAUCAGCGCCGUGGACGUACAGAAGUCCUUCAUCGUGUACUUCAACAAGGACACCCCCCAAGACGUUGUCAAUUCCGCUAUGCAGGUGAUCAAGGAUGCCAAGGGCCAGAUCACCCACGAAUAUGAUCUCAUCAAUGGCUUCGCCGCGACCGCCGGGGAGAAGGUGUUUGAUAGCAUGUUCACAUGGGUCCAGUCCAACGGCGGUGCGAUCGAAGAGGACAAAACUUAUUCAACUCAGGGUGAGGGUAACGCACAGAGCGGGGGCUACCGGUACUAGCUGUCUCCGAGAUGUCUUGACAGGCCAUUCGAAAAGAUGGCUGCUAGACGGAUCGGGGUUCUCCCCUUUGCCUCAUCUGCGAAAGAUGGUUGUUUUGGAUGGGAUGGCGUUACAAGAAGAACAACGGAUACAUGACCUGUCUGUCUGGCUAGCGAAUGAUUUUCCUCUGGAUUUUUGGCCGUAUGGAUGAGCAGGAGGGAUAACCUGCAACGAUCUCUCGAGGACUGGGUUGCGGGGUUCACACUGGACACUCGCUCUGCCGAACAAGGUCGAUCAACUUGGCAUUUGGAGUUAUUGGUUGGUACGGAGUUCAAUUCAGGUCCAUUUUACUGCG